UCAACAGACGAGGAGCAUGCCAACCGCCCAGCAAAGAACAACCAACUCAUCCUCGUUUCGUCUUCCAACAUUGUCCCUGACCCUGAUCUUUGACUCGUACAACCAACUUGCAGUCUCACAAACAACAGACGCUUGCUUCUCUCCAAACAGACAAUAGCUGAAGCAACCCCACCGCGGCUCUAAUCGCCGACCGUCGAAUGGCUUAACUCCCCAGGAAUAUCCUCCGCCACGCCGAAGCAUAACCCUGACCCGCUGUCCUCGCUCGUUCGCGCGUUCUGGCCCAGUUGACAGCCGCUACACCAGACUUGGGCUCUCCUUACUGACCCUCUCCACCCUCCUCGACCGCAGUGCUGCAUCGCCUGCUGCGACGGUGCCCACAAUCCUCCGUCGUCGCGUAUCCCCUACCUUCCACCCUCUAUCCGCCAGCGUACACCUACUCCAACCAUCAUGCCUGGCGAGCGGCGCACCUUCUCGGGCGUGUCUAUGUCGACCAAUAAGUCGGUCAACGGCUCAAACUCGCAGGUUGGCCAGAAGAUCAAGAACUUUUUCCGCAUCACUUCGUCCUCCUCAAAGGAUGAGCUGAUUGGCCAGGGCAAGACCAGUUCUGAAGGCCCCUCGACCCCGCGCUCUGAGCACAAACUCCGCAACAGUCGCUUUCUGCCACACAUCGGUCGAAAUAGAAGUCAGACCGUCGCCAGCGAGGGCAAUACUCUUGACGAAAUGAGCCCUACAGCGAACGCCAACCCCUACUUUGCACACCAAGGUCCACCUGCCCUCCGUCAUCACAACGCCGACAGCGUACCUCCAAGCCCUCCGGACACACCUAUCAAAAAGGGACAAGAGGCCGAAGACGAAGCUGCCGCUGUUGCUGGCAAGGAAGAGCUGGCUCGGAAACUGCGUCGUGUCGCCAGUGCUCCCAAUGCUCAGGGUCUGUUCACAAAGACAAACUCCAACGACAGCCGGCCACAGACUUCCGACAUGAUGACCAAAGCCUCUCCACUCGCCCAGCAGCAGUCGAACAUCUCAAUACAGUCCAUGGUCGAGACAGUACCCAUGAGCAGUUCCCCUGACAUGCUCCCUGUACCCGGUAUCCCCAGCCCUGGCAAGAUUAGAGCUGCAGCCGCCUUCCGCAGGACGUACAGCAGUAAUAGUAUCAAAGUACGCGAUGUCGAGGUUGGUCCUGGAAGUUUCGACAAGAUCAAAAUGAUUGGCAAGGGUGAUGUGGGCAAGGUAUACUUGGUGCGCGAGAAGAAGAGCUCGAGGCUCUACGCUAUGAAGGUGCUCAGCAAGAAGGAAAUGAUCAAGCGCAACAAGAUCAAGCGCGCCCUGGCCGAGCAGGAGAUUCUAGCCACCAGCAACCAUCCAUUCAUUGUCACGCUAUAUCAUUCAUUCCAGUCAGAAGACCAUUUAUACCUCUGCAUGGAAUACUGCAGUGGAGGAGAGUUCUUCCGAGCUCUCCAGACUCGUCCAAACAAGUGCGUAGACGAAGACGCCGCUCGCUUCUACGCUGCAGAGGUGACGGCCGCUCUCGAGUAUCUGCAUCUCAUGGGCUUCAUCUAUAGAGAUCUCAAACCUGAAAAUAUUCUUCUCCACCAGUCCGGCCACAUUAUGCUUUCAGACUUCGAUCUUUCCAAACAGUCCGACCCUGGCGGUGUUCCCACAAUGAUCAUGUCUGGUCGCAACGGUGUCUCGAACAACCCCAACAACAUGCCCGCGAUUGACACCAAGUCAUGCAUCAACAAUUUCCGUACAAACUCAUUCGUCGGCACAGAAGAAUACAUCGCACCAGAGGUCAUCAAGGGCUGUGGACACACCAGUGCAGUCGAUUGGUGGACCUUGGGAAUCCUGAUAUACGAGAUGCUUUACGGCACUACACCAUUCAAGGGAAAGAACAGAAAUGCCACAUUUGCCAACAUUCUGCGAGAUGAGGUGCCCUUCCCCGAGGGCAGUGGCUACCCCAAUGUCAGCAAUCUAUGCAAGUCUCUGAUUCGCAAGCUUCUCAUCAAGGACGAACUCCGUCGACUGGGCUCUCGCGCCGGCGCCUCAGACGUCAAGGGUCACCCCUUCUUCCGUACCACACAAUGGGCUCUACUACGCCACUCCAAGCCUCCGAUUAUACCCAACCAGGGCCGUGGUGUCGACACUGUCAACUUCAGAAAUGUCAGGGAGAGUCACAGUGUCGACCUUAACGGCGCCAAGAUGAAGGGUGUACCACUCGACAGCAACCUUGCGACGCCCGGCGGCGAGAUUGCCGAUCCCUUCGAGGAGUUCAACUCCGUCACGCUGCAUCACGAUGGAGACGACCAACAUCACGAUCACCAAUAUCACGAGGCGCAUCGAUAG